AUGCCACCACCGCCUGCGCCGCGCCGAUAUGCACGGCCGUGGAGUCGCUCUAUGAUGGAUGUUCGUAUAGUGACCGAGGUGCCAUGGGACGAGCAGUAUGCUGGCUGGCAGCAAGUCGUCAUGGACCUAACCAGCUUGCACCGCGCCGCGCAAGUCGCCGCGUACGAGCAUCGCGAGCGCUCGUACGAUACAGGAGCGUGGCGUCGCCUCGUACGUGACUUGGAUGGCCAUAUUCAAAGCAUCACGUCCACAGCGUCCAUCCCGGAGCCUGCGUCAGACUCGCGUGUACCAGCUACACAUUGGCAGCGGCACCAGCCUGAUAUCUCAUGGGCACAGCAGUACCCAGGCGACGUCGGCGUAUGGCUCCGACGUGCGAUGCAAGAGCGACGAUCCACCACGUCGUCGCCAAGACUGCCGUGGCAUGGUGGAUGGACACGGAGUCCUAGUAUCAUCAUGACGAACGUCAGCGACUUGGCCUCAUGGCUCACGAUGGACAUACCCUCUGCUGCCGAGCAAGAGGCACACGCUGCGGAGUCGGCACGGUCCGAUCCUCGUUGGUAUGCGCGGCGACGCCGGCUCGAGUUGCUACCUUCCGAUGUGAUGGAAAGCACGGAAGGGACCGCACGCACAGCAGAGCAUGUGUCACAACCUCAUCGCAUGACGCCUCUUUCCCCCGCGGACGCCCAGCGCCAGGUCAGCGAAGCGCCACAUUGGCAAAGCAGCGAGGCGGCCCGUGCGUUCGAAACGCACGUACGAAUGGCCGAAGCCAUGGCACAAAUGUCGUCUGACGACAUGGAGGAGACUACAUGGAUGCCGCUCCGUGAUACGCCGCCUACAUGGCAGCCAUGGUUUGCCUGGAUCGACGCGCAAGCUGUGCUUCGUGCCCUGGCGCAAUGGACGCAUGGUAGCGUGGCGGAUGUGCGGCGCUUGGAUGCGCUAGCCCCACCUAUUCCUCUACGUCCUCUAGACCAAGCGCCCCAGCCCAUUUUGUUCGGUGUCGGAGACUUUCUUACCUUAGCCGAGCAUGGACCUCGGCACUCGGAGGAUCGCGCACUGAAGCAGCGAGUUCAUGUUUUGCACAGCGACACAACAACUUGGAAUGCACGCGCAAAUGAGAUCCUUGUAUUGCCGUUUCGUGCGACGGUGCCGAGUGUGUCGUACACGUACGAGCCACCGGUGGAACACUUGGACGGCUCAUUGCUUGCCAUGCAGCAAGCAUGGUCGCAAAAACCGUAUGCAACGCCUUCCCCAGGCACAGACGCCUACCUGCAUGUCCUUGUACAACAAGAGAUGGAACAGCGGCGAGAUCGGUUUGCAUCCAUCCCACUUGCUUCGUCGACCUAUGCUCACGCACAGAUAGCGAUCCAAGCCGCGACAGCCUGCGAUAUGAGCGCAGCGACCGACGCCCUAGAUCGCGUAAUUACCGAUCGCGCCCUCGCGUUUCUCCGUAUGCUUCGUGACGAACCGAGGCGAGUCCCACGUCCUAUUCCCCCCCUAUAUACCCUAACGAAGCUGCAUGUACGCAUCCCGUCCUGGGCGGACAAGCAGACGGUCUAUGCGUGGGUCCUUGCCGGUCUUCAGCCCAUUGACGCGUCAGCGUGUGCCGAGUACGAAGGCAUGACAGCACAGGAAGCUAUGGCAUUGGCUCAGAGGCAGGGUCUCGCAGGAAUGGAGUCGGCAUCCAAAGAGGCAUGGACAUGGUCGUCAUCCAGUACAUUGACGUCGCCAACGCGCCCUGUAGCCUUACUUCAUCCAGACGUACCGACCUCGAUGUCGAAUGCUAACGAACUCCAAGUGAUGUGGGACCCACCUCUAGUGACACGGUACUUGGCGAUCCUGAUUGUGCCUCCGCCCAGCACGGCAUCGCAACUCUGGGCGGAAUGGGAAUACGUCUACGGCACCGGAUGGGCCGGCCGCACAACGAGUGCCGCGUAUGACAUGUUGUAA